CUCUACGUCAUUUACCCGCGCUUCUUUUGCACUAGGUUGUUGGCGGGCUUCCGAUGUUGGGAAGUUAUACGCUGUUACGGGUCCGGAGGUCAGCAUGCAGUUCACACGCAGGACGAAGAAAGUGGCGCUGGGCUCAAAUCCUGAGCUGUACGGCCACUGCCUCCAGCUCUAUGGCCAGCCUCCGCUGGAAAGCGUCUCACUCGUCCAGUUCGAAACCUUCGCGGUGGAAAGACUGAAGUUGCUGAAGAGCGUGGAAAACCUUGGAGUCAGCUAUGUGAAAAUGUCGGACGAUUACCAGAAGAAACUAUCCACCGAGCUCUGUAGUCUCAACUUCCCCCACAGAACAUCAGUCGAAGACAAAAAUCAAACGGGAUCAACAGAAUAUGAGAAACGAAGGAAAGAUCACAUCUCUCAUUUUAUUCUACGCCUGGCAUAUUGCCAAACGGAGGAUCUCAGGCGUUGGUUUAUCCAGCAGGAGAUGGAUCUGUUCCGCUACCGCUUCAGUAUCCUUUCUGCAAAGUACAAGACUGAGUUCCUGCACAGAAAUAAUCUAAAAUAUGACACGAUAAGCAUUGAGGAAAAGAAGACCCUAAAAGAUGAACUCAUUAACUCCAGUUAUGGAAUCAGUGGAGCCACCAUCGCAGAGCAAGAGUUCUACAGAGUCCCGUUUCAAGAUGCCCUGGAUUUGGUUCGGCUGAGAAAAGUCUUUCUGCAGGUCGGCUACGCUUACAUUCCGCACCAGGAUAUUGUCACUAUUGUUCUGAAUGAUUUCCGUACAAGACUCUCAAAGGCUCUUGCACUGACGGCGAGAUCUCUGCCAGCCGUGCAGUCUGACGAGCGACUCCAGCCUCUGCUGAACCACCUCAGCCAUGCCUAUGUGGGCCAGGACUACAGCUUCCAGAAGAACAUUGGGAAAGUUUCCUUGGAACAGAUUGAUCCACUGUCGACCACAUCUUUCCCCCUAUGCAUGAGGCAACUCCACAAGGCCCUCCGGGAGCAGCACCACCUGCGGCAUGGCGGACGGAUGCAGUACGGCCUCUUCCUCAAGGGCGUCGGCCUCACGUUGGAGCAGGCGCUUCAGUUCUGGAGGGCCGAGUUUGUGAAGGGCAAAGUUGAUUCCGAAAAGUUUGACAAAGCAUAUGCCUACAGCAUCCGCCACAUGUUUGGGAAGGAAGGCAAGCGAACAGACUACACCCCCUACAGCUGUAUGAAGGUGAUUCUGUCCAAUCCACCCAGCCAAGGCGACUACCAUGGUUGUCCAUUCCGACACAGUGACCCCGAGCUACUAAAACAGAAGCUCCAGUCAUAUAAGAUCUCCCCUGGUGGGCUCGUUCAGAUUUUGGACCUUGUCAAGGGAAUGCACUAUCAGCUCGCCUGCCAGAAGUAUUUUGAGCUGACGCACAGUGUCGAAGAUGCUGGGUUUUCUCUGAACCACCCAAACCAGUACUUCACAGAGAGUCAGAAACUGCUUGGCGGAGGCAAGGAGGUUAAGAAAGAGGUGGAGCCACCACAAAGAGGGCAGGAGAUCGCAGGUUCUAAUGCUCAGAGCGCACCGACACAGUCCCCCAAAGUCCAGGCUCUGGACAAAAUGGGGGACUUGGAGUCAUUUUUCCUUGAUGAAUAGUGGUGCAGUCAAACAAAACGACCAAUGAUUUGUCUGUGUGUUAGUUUUACUUCACUAUUUUAGUAACAAAUUGUCUGAAUGUUGAAAAUUGGUCAUUUUUGAUUAUUAAAACAUUAUAUAUAUAUAAAAACUUGUAAUGGUGACCCAGUAUUUCUGAACUGAUGAUUUGGUUUGUUAUUUGAGUUGGGGAGGCGGGCAACAACUAAAAAGCAAAUAAAAUUUCAGUCAUAGAG